AUGGUUCCUCGACCUGACAUCUCUGCUUUGCGUGUCACUUGCUACAGGGCAAUCGGGACAGUGGGAGAUGCCCGAACAGUUGUCUCUGAAUGCAUUAAUGGGUGUUUGGAUCUUGUUCCACGAGGCCCAAGUGAUUCAGAAGCCGCACAGUUAACCCGACAUGACGCAGUCUUCGUCUUUGAAGUCAAGGGCCAAUGCCCCGACCCGACCGAGCGGCUUGAAGCAUCUGAGCUAAACUUUGACAUCACGACCAUUUCAAGCAACACUCGAGUUGACCUCAAACGGAAAUCUAUAGCAAUCACCAUGGGUGGCCGCAAGUAUGGCGUUGUAGUGAUCUACAGAUCGCAAAGUCUUGCGGACUUUGAUCUGCAGACUAGACACGACAACCGGCUAAGGGACUCUCAUUCACAAUUGUCUUGGCCUUCCCAACUAGUUCGAUCCAGAAGCCUUGCGAUACCCGAGACGUACAUUGAGGACUCAUGGCAGGCAAGUGAAGGCGCUCUGACCAGCAUCUCCUUUAAGCCUGGUCAAAUUGGUGUCGAUAUCACAGGCGCUUUCAAUGACGGUGGAAGUACUGGUAAAGUUGCAAUGCCUUAG